GUGACAUAAAUAGUCGAUGAAAAUCAUAAAAGCAAUGUCAGGUCAAAAUGAAAAUAUUAAGCAUUUUGGAAGAUAAAUCCGUGAGAAACGAGAAAUGUUUGAAAAACAAGCUUUAUUUUAUACGUUUCUGUUUACAUUUAUGCAACUGAUCCGGAUAACCCAUUUAACGUUUCAUGACAGUGGCCAUGGAUUUAUGACAAAAAAAUCCCGGUAUUUUGACGACGAAUUAUCCCACAUUCAUGAGGAAAUUGGCUCCUUAAGGUACUUCCAAAAUGUAGAUUCUCUGGAUAAUCUAAACUUGCGCUUUGAUCCAGAGGUUUUAGAUUUCCGCGAACGGUCGCUUGGAACACCGCAUUCCAGGAUUGUUACCCUUUUUAAUACUGAUAGCAAUAAAACUGUCGACUUAUCAUCCAUUUCUGGAAAUACUGUACAUUUCCAUAGCUCUUUCUUUGAAGAUAAGCAAAUUCCACCAAAUGGCAACACAACAUUUAAAGUUGUGUAUUUAGGAAGGCACGAAGGACCCGUAGAAAGUUCGUUAUUUCUACACACAUCGAAUGGAUUUGUGAAAUAUAAUGUGAAAGCAUUUGGCACGUUUAACAGUUACAAAGUUCGACCCAUCGUAGGUGUAAAAUUGCCGGUGAAUUCGACUUUUACCCCGGUUAUUUACAUGCACAACCCUCAUUCGCAGGCGAUACAGAUUGUCGAAAUUCUCAGCAGUGGAGGUGGAUUCCACUUAGAGCUUCCUGGCGGACAGCACGAAGGACCGAAUGGUCUUUGGGAGAUUAAUCCCUAUGAAACGAAGGCAGUGAUUCGAAUUCGUUUUGACGCAAAAAUACCGCACAAUCAUACAGCUUAUAUCAGAAUAAAACUUCACGAUCCUGAAGAAAUUUUGAUAGUUCCACUUGAAGUGGAAGUUACUGAAGUUCAAAAUGUUUUCCAUCCGCAAGGGUAUGUGGAUUUUGGUAUCGCAGGCUCCUUGGACGAACCAAAAGAAGUCAAUUUAUGUCUUCAUAAUCCGCUGAAACGGGCCGUCCGUGUUCACAGUGUAUCUACUCUAUCAAAGUCCAUUAAAAUCCAUUACUACAACAUAAGAAUUAACCCUCCAGGCGAAGAUGAAAACAAGUGCGUCAAUGUGGGAACUUUAACUUUGGAUUGGAAAAAUGCUUGGCAAUUUGAAGACUAUCACGGCAAGAUAAUAGUGAAACUGCAAGGGGGAAAGAAUCGCACAGAAAUCCCUUACUUUUUGACUGUACUUAAAGGCGGGCUCAGCUACGACAAAAUGUCCACAACGUAUUUUCUAAAUGAGCAGGAAAUGGACACGAACGAGCGGAACUUUGAGGUUGUCAAUCAUUUUAAUCUUUCAGUUCAGAUUGUAGAUGUUAAAUUUCCUUUUGAUAUGGAUACUACGUUUAAGGUUCAGACAUUAACUCCACUAACAGUGCAUCCUCUUGAGAAGAAAAGUCUGUUUAACAUUUGGUUGAAGCCCACCGCUAAGAAGACUGAUAUGCAGCUGACCAGCCAUAUUAAAAUACUAACCAACGUGUCUGAAAUGAAUGUGCCAUUGUUAAGUUAUAAUGGAAAACUGCAAAUCCACUUACCAUAUCCUAGUGACGGUCGGUCGCUCAAUAUAGGUCUAAUCGGUCAUCACAAGAAGAUGGAACUAGUCUUCAGUUUGAACAAUCCUAAUCCCGUUGAGCUGGCACUCUUACAUUUGACUACCUCAUUAGCCACCAGCGAGUUUGAACUUUUUGGUUGUGGAGUGGGUGAUCACAAGCAUGUGCUGAUGUACCAUAAUUUUGAGAAUCUCACUAAAUGUGAUAGCGUAGCUGCGCAAGGUUAUGCCGUUGUUAAAAUGACCAUCAAUACAAAUGAUGAUGAUGGUUAUGUUAAAGGUGAUAUUCAUAUACAAACUGUUUAUGAAAAUUUAUCAUUUCCUGUCAGCUACAAAGUUGCUGCUGGCGAAAUGAUCAUUGAUCGAGAUGAUCUUCUGUUUGAUAACUGUUUUCCUGGAAAAACUUGUACUCACCCACUCCGAGUGUUUUCGUCAUUUUCCGAGAAAAUGUCGGUUGAAAAUAUCCUUACUCUUCCUCCAGACGGAAGAGUAUUCGCUGCUAUUACCAGCAACAUUUUGCCUAAAGUGAACCGGAUUAUCGGUUAUAUGUACUUUAAUCCCGAGUCUAACUGUGGCCCGAACUGUUACACUGGUUUUAUUAGUGAAGGCUCAGCUUCGUGGCUCCGAACUCUAGUCAUCACCAAACAGGUAUCAGAAUACGAUAUGAAACUUGCCUCCAGUUUUUAUGGUCGAUUUUUGAAUUUCACUGAAAACGGGGCCAAAACUAGGAACAUUAGCUUGCGGCUGGAUACCUCUGGAGUGAAGGGCCAAAUAUUUGUCAGCAAAAUCAACUACACUUGGCCUAAAUUGGUGCGGCAAACUUCCGUUAUUAAUUCAACGCUGGAGUUUCCUCUUACCCAAGUUCGAAACUCUUCACACAAAACCCUGAUUUUGCAAAAUCCUGCCAAUCAUAGCAUAGUCGUUCAGUUAAUUUUUGAAAACGACUAUCCACACGCUGAAAUGCUAUACGACGGCUUGCCCAGCAGCUUUAUUCCCCCUUCGGACAUAAAAUACACCAGUGCGAAUUGGUUUUCUUUUGACAAGCGCGUGAUGGAAAAUCAGCAAAAACACUUUGUUGAAAAUCUCAGAAUUAACGUUUACAAGCAAUCCCUGCCGCUUAUCUUAAUGCCUGGUCAAUCCAAGAGGGUCAAUUUAGACUUUACUGCUGAAGAGGCAAGACCCUAUUCCAGUCUGCUUCUGAUUCGCAACAACCUCACUAUUCUUGAAGUGGUGCGCCUGAAUGGAAAAGGCACGAUUCCGCUCUUUGAAUUUGCCACUUUGCAACCCGGGGACCAAAAGCCUUUGCAAUUCGAAUUAUCAGAAAAGCACAUGCGGCCUUGCAAUUCGGACCUGAAUCAGAAUCCUUUCCUACCCAACCUGACGAUUAUAGAGAGCUUUGCGGCCAAAAACUUAGGUGAAAUUCCCGUGCAUGUUACAAGUUUUUUUAUCAACGGAUAUUCCUGCGUGGGAUUCGGGUUUAAGGUCAUUAAUUGCGAACCAUUCAUGUUGUCUCCCAACACUUCAAGGAAAAUCGAUCUGGCAUUUACUCCAGAUCUAACUCUGCACGAGAUAUCCAGAGUCCUGAUUAUAGGGACCAGUCUAAAUACGUUCGUCAAUUAUUCUCUGAAAGCAACGGUUUCCCGGCAUUAUUGUCGAUUUUGCAGCGUUUUAUUAGAUCGGCCAUCAUGGGAAAUUGUCAUGAGUUACAUAGUUAACGUUUUCCUCACUGUAAUGCUCCUCCUAGUUUUUGCCAUAGCACUGCUAGACGCCAAUACGGCAAAAGCAAAAGCUCUGGCGAUCUAUAUGGUCUCAAAUACUCCUCCCAUGUUACCCGUACUUGAUCUUCGGCAAAUUGGUCGACAGGUUCGUGUGGAGUUUCAGACAUCUUUGAAAGAAAAGGUGAAAACCGAAUAUGCUCCAGAGGCUAAGGAGACAGAAAACACGAAGUCUGAACCUGCAAUAAUCCCAACAACCGGAAGAGCUAAACGGAAGCUCUGUCAAAAAAGCAGUCUGAAUGAAAGAGAAAAUAGCGUGGAAGAUGAACUGGAACGAGAACGGGUGAGAGAACGACAAAAGAAAAAGGAUAUUCUAUUUGAAAGGCACCGCUUGAAGUCACGAGAGCGAAAAACUGAAAAAGAGCUGAAGUUAUUGGGGGAAAAGGGGAAGAAAGAUAAGCACGCUCAACAGAAGGAGGUUGAUCUCAAAAAAAGUGCUGCUCCGAAAAAGCAGUGCAAAGUGAUUCAAGUACCUGCACAGGAAGAAGAAUCUUCCUCCACUACGACCGAAAGCAGUAAUAGUAGUAUGAACUGUGAUGAGGUUGAUAAGGAAAACCAAAGACUAAACUGGCCGAAACAGAAAGUGAAUGUUUCGUCCCAGACUGUAAACGACGUGAUCAAUUCGAAAGAGGCUCAAGACAGUAAGAUUAAGCACGUUAGCUUUGUAAAUAGUAAAUUAAGGAUCAAGGCAAACAAACCGGCUGGAGGGGAACAAGAGAAAGAGCAAGAGUCGCCAGCUAAAGGCACAGAUAACAAAUCCACAUUCAUUCACAAUAUUAGCAGAGAAAAACGACGAAGGGAGCCGAAAUUCAAGGAGCGCAAAGAUAAGUUAAUUUUUCGACACAAGAGUCAUAAUGAACGCAAGCAAUUUGUCAUGGAAAACGAGCCUGCGGCUGAACCGGAAGCUCCUAAAGCCCCUGGAUUUUUCGUAGCGCUUCCAACUGCUCCCCCAUCUUGUCCCGGUUGGAGCGAAAACAAGGCCCGAUUUAGUGAUGUUGUAGCUCGCAGCGAACCCCCAAGCGCCCCAUCCCCGGUUUACACUCAAAGUUCAGAGUCACCUUCAGUAUAUCCUCAAGAUGAGCCUUGUUUCGCGCAAAGCAUCAGCCCAUUCAAACAGAACAAACCUUGCACCAAACCUACGAUGUACGUUGAACCCUAUAAACCCAUCGAUUUAGGUCCUAUUGGGUCCAGACGAAUGGGAACCCCAGAUAGUAUGAGUCCAGAUUUGUUCAAUCAUGAGGGCGCCCAGUAUCUUCCUCCGAGUCGGCAGGUUCAACCACCCGAAUUUUAUCCGAUAAACGAUACGAGCGUGAUUGCUGCUGUGGCUAAUAACACUUUUAUGACCGGAGCCAAUAGAAGUCCUCCCAGUUUCUUCUCUCAUCAGCCGCAAAAUGUACCCCGUGAAGAACAGGCUAUUGGUUGGCCUAGGCAGCAACUGUUUCGCGACACAAGUAUCCCGCCGGAUGAAACUAUUCGAACAAAUUUAUUCUCACCACCUGUCCUGGAAGAUGAUUCUUGGCGAGGCGGGCCCGCACUCUCAACGUCUCCUCCUGCCAAUAGAGGCUAUUGGUCAAACACGUUCAGUAGUGUGCUGAACUCUACUUCCAAAUUGGCGAAUAAUGCCUCGUAUUUGUGGGGAUCCCACUCCAUUUGGACUCCUCACACACAGUCGCCGAAUCGUGUUCGGCGCACGCCUCCUGGCUUCGAUGAACAAAUUCAAAAGAAGAAAAGAGCCGAGGAAGAACAAAAACGUUACCAACAGCAGCAGCAGCAGCAGCAGCAAGCAGGUCCAUUCAAUCCUUUUACAAGUGGCGGCAGCGGCUCACCCUGGUCCCAACAUUGGGAAUAAUCUAGAUUCAAGUGAUAUGUCGUGUCUGUAGAUGUUUCUCUCAAUGAUGUAGGUCUAUGAACAGUUCAAUUUCAAGACUGUAACGUUUAAAUACUCCCCCUUCCUUGUUCGAAACUGUAACACACCUCUUAUUUUUGUGACGUUUUGGUCAUCUAGGUAAUAAACUGCAAAUUGCGUGUUAAAAAUAUAUUUUUUCUGAUAGAUCAUGUUUAAUAUAUCAUAAAGCGAUUGGACAGCUUAGUUGGAACUAUUUCCUCACGUUGAAAACUCGUUUAGUUUUUUGCAGUUUAUUGCGAAUGCCUUUGAAAUUUUCUCAUCAGUUAAUAAACGAUGCAGCAAGUGAAAAA